UUGUAUCAUCUGUUGCCUCCACCAGAAAAGUAACGUUUUUUGCAAAACUUCUUUUUGUUUCAGGCUCUGCGAAAGCUACUGUAGCUGGUAACAAAACUUCAAAACUCACUGUCUCCGAGGAGCGCGAGCACGUUCGUCGUCGGCUUUCAACUUUCCUCGAGGAAAGGAUCCGGCAGGUACGCCACCUGUACACCCUGUCUCGCCGUCGCCUGAGCCAGCUCGUAAUUGAGACCGAAUCGGCCAUAGCACGUCGUAACGGCCUCUACCGUCUUUCUCAGGCUGAGGAAAAUAAAAAGGUCGUCAAUGACAGUUGCCAACUGGCCGACUUUCGACGCCAUUCUCAGCUGCUGUUGAAGGCGAUUGAAACGGACUCUAAACUUGCGCACCUCUUGCUUAUCGAGCUUAUUUCACCAAAACAGUUAGCUGCCUGCACCAGCGAGGUCCGUUUGAAAGUGCUCAUUCAAAGUUUCGCCAAUGGAACUGCAACAGGUGUUGAUAUGGUUGAGUCAAGCACUGGCCAGGUUCUUGUCUACAUCCUCUCCGACAGUUUUUUUCAUUGGUCUAAGGGACUGAAGGGACACGAGGCGUCGCCCGCCCAGGGAAAUCAAAGGUUGCUACACGUUCUGAACACCGACACUACGGCAGAACAUGAAAGACACUUGUAUGAUGUCAACUGUCAGAGGUGCAACCCCGUCGGCAAGGACAAAACCCCCCUCGAUGUGGCUGUUACAGUACGAAGAAAAUCGCCUGUCGCCGACUCUGCUCCACCGGAGACGGUGUCAGUACAGGUCGCCGAUCCACCCAUCCCGGAAAUGACUGCUAAACCUUACCUGUUCACACCCGCUCAACCUGUUUCCGCGCUCUCACCUGAGGCAAUGGACUCUCCAAACUCGUCUUUACAUAUCCACGCAACCUCCUCUCAGCACCUGAAAAGGCCUCGCCCGGAAAAUGUUUCCGGAGCUGACGGCAUGCCUCUCCCCGGUCCAACCACAAAAAGGUAA